AUGAGCAUGGACUGGCGCGCGGCGGCCGUCGCGGCGCCCGCAUGGUCGACGGAGGCUCCAGCGAAAGAUGAUUCUCACGACGACACGAGUCGCACGCCCUUCGGCGUCGCGUGUCGUGGCGGGGGAUUUCGGCAGAUGACGAUGGCGAUGGGCAUCGCGCGAGGCAUCGGCGCGGAGAACUGGCCGAAGGUUACGCAUCUGGGCGGCACAUCCGGAGGCUACUGGUUCGCCUCGCAGUUCACUUAUAGCAAAGAGUUCUACGACAACGUCCUCAACGAGAGCAAGCCCCUCGACGGCGUCCUGGCGGCCUGGGGCGAGGACUUCGCACAGGUGCAGCUCGCGGCGGUUUCGACCGGCGCCGCCUGGACCAAGUGGCCCGGGUGGGAUCAGACGCUCCCGGAUGUUUGCAAGCCGCUCGUCGGCGUCAUGGGCCUCCUGUUCGGCACGCUCGGCAAACUGAGCCUGCCGAUCGUGCGCUGGAUGGCGUACGUCGGCAACAUGAUGGCCCCGGCGAUCGAAGACAUUGGCACCGCCAAGUUUGGUUCCCGCGCGGCGACCGGCCUCCAUGCAGAAGGGCUUCGCCGGUACCGGUUGGAACGGGAUCAUGAAGCUUUUGCUCGUGACGAAUAGCAACUACUCGACGACGCCGCUCUUCGCGGGCGGCCCGGAGAAGUACGGGCCGUUCAUCCCCGCGAACACGAUUGCCGUCCGAAACGAAGGAGGAGGCUAUUAUGUGCCGGGACAGCAGAUCUUCGCCGAAGCCUACCCGGGCGGCGAAGGCCGCGAGGCUCGCUGGCCCGUGUACGCUACCGCGCCGUUCCCGACCAACCUCGAGCGCGUCCUCGACAAAGGACCGCCGCCGCGCGCGGAGUUUGUGGCCUCCGCGGAAUACGAAGACGUGAACUCGACUUACUGGCGCGGCCUCGUGACGUCCGUCGAGAAUGAAUGGUACGGCACCCAGGCGGGAUCAGUGGUCGACGUGUUGAUUCUCCAGUCGAACUACCCCUCGGACAUCGUCAAGACCGUCGUCGAGGCUGAUAACGCGAACUGGUUCUUCACGAACGUCUACGGGCCGCUCGCAGCGUCGCAAGCCGCCGGCGCCGCGCCGAUCAUCAAAGCUUGGCUCGCGGGGGAGGAGCUCCCCGCGACGUUUCCCUGA